UUCUCCUGCAUCCAAGCCCCUCGGUGUCACCUCAGUGGUCUGCUCCGAGUACCCAACUUGACCAAGGUGGUAGCUCCACUCCCCGACGCACGUCCUUUGAAUGACCUCUUGGCUUGGAAUCUGAUGGAAGGCAAAGGCACCUGGAGCUAUUCCCGAACCGAAUUCAAUAGAACCCGUGGCAUCUUCCUCCCACAUCCAACGCCAGGGGUUUCCAUCUCUGCCCGCGCAAUGAAGCCAGCCCUAUAGUCCAGCGCACCGUUUGGAUGUAUAUACAUACGCAGGGAAUAUAACUAUAGCGCCGCGCUGCCCACGCCCACUUCACUAGAUGGACAGACUAUACCCGUUCUGCUUGGCUUUGGUGUGGCCUUAACUCCGAUCCCUAUCUCCGCCCGAUUCUCUGUUGAUAUUGCACGUUUCCGAUAUGUCCAUGUUCAGGUCCCCUAACGAGCAAUCGUCGUCCGACUCGCAGUCCAGCUCGGAUGAGUGGGAGGACGAUGUUGCUGCGGAACACGAACACGAACACGAACACCCCCAGACAAAGGGGAAUGGCGCCCCCUUAUUACCCGCGGGGAAGGAUUCCGAAAAUCCCGAUGAUGCCGAACCGAACAAGGGUUUGCUGGAUGUCGACACCGAAGGCCAUGCCAACAUGAUGACGGCUUCCCUCCUGGAGUUCUUCUGCCUUACCCGGGCGGCGGAUAUUCUCAAUGCACAGAAGGGGUCCCAUCAGCGGUUCACGCGGGACUCGCCCGAGGUGAAAUACCUUGGAAAACAGAUGUACAUACAUAAAUCGCAGUUUCUUUCUUCGCAUGGAGUCCUGUCUCGGGGCAUUGAGAGGGAUGAGUAUGGGGCAACGAGGCAGUAUUAUCGGGAUAAUCUCGAUAGGCUCGGUAUGGCUGGACUCCAGCUUGACGAUGUCAAUGGGGCAACGCCGUCUAUUGCAGCGGGUGCUACAGACACAUCCCAGGCGCUGCAGCUCCGACCAAAUACGGCACAUACUGAUAUGCUUCCGUCAAUUCGCCAGGGCUUCGGGAUGGCAGACGGUAAGCAGCGACUAAUUGGCAACGACGGCGCCAAUCCGUUGGAAAACAUCCAGCUGGACAUGCGCUCUCUGCUCAAUCGGCCGUUGCAUCUUCCUGGGAGCUCCCCCGUCAGCUAUCCUCUGUUCCAGCCAACCCCGCCGCCUCCAAACGGCCACCUAUCUCGCUAUGCCAUGGAGUUCUCGGAAGUGAAAGUCCUCGGCCGUGGUUCAUUCGGAGAGGUAUACCAUGUGAAGAACCAUAUCGACGGACAAAGCUACGCCAUCAAGAAAAUCCCUCUGAGCCAACGACGCCUGCAGCAGCUACAGUGUGGAAACCAGAACCAGCUCGAAACCAUCAUGAAGGAGAUCCGAACACUCGCUCGUCUUGAACAUACACACGUCGUUCGAUAUUACGGCGCCUGGGUGGAACAGGCACAUCCGUCCAGCUACCCUCCACCACAACCCAUCCCCCAGGCCUCCGUCGACCUGGAGCUCGAGCCGACCCAAAGCAGUUUCUCUAGUCAUGGAAUGACAGACAACCAAAGCUUCGGUGUUGUUUUCGAACACUCUGAACAAUCUGAACGCUCAUCAUCCCACCACCAAAUCUCGUCUUCCGACCACGAAUCGGAACCAUCCAACCCCCACCCCUCCGCCCACAGCACAGAAGACGACGAAGUGGAAUCCAUCCCCCGCAACUUCAGCCCUCGUUCGCACGAUCCCCUCUCAACAUGGGACGAAACCGACGACAACGACGACGACAUCUUCACCGACGGGAUGAGCGAGGCGCCAUCCAAACUCCAAAUCCAGCGUCGCUACCGCCCCGGCACGCAACUUCCCGCCGUGAUCCUCCACAUCCAAAUGUCCCUGCACCCGAUCUCCCUCAACUCAUACCUAAACCCCCAACCCAGCAUCCCCACACCCCGCCACGAGCACAACAACAACAACACCUCCCUCCCCCGACGACACUGCUACCACCUCAUCCCCUCCCUAAACCUCCUCCUCGACAUCCUCUCCGGAGUUGACUACCUGCACACGAAAGGAAUCAUCCACCGCGACCUCAAACCGGCGAACAUCUUCCUCUCCACCCCCUCCCAUGACACCAAAUCCCGGUCCCCUCCCCACUCCACCUGUCCACCCUGCCACAGCACCCACGGCCCAACCCCCCGAUACACCCACCCCCGGAUCGGCGACUUCGGCCUCGUAGCCGAUAUCUCGCACAUCAGCGACUGUCCCCCAGAACCCGCCUCCACCCAAGGGAAAAAGAUAACCCACGUCGUGGGCACGGAAUUCUACCGUCCCCCUUUCACCUCACCCUCCACCGCCAGUACCACCAAAACCCCCACAGAUGCAAUCAUCUACUCCAUCGACGAAACCCUCGACAUCUACGCCCUAGGCGUCAUUCUCUUCGAGCUCCUCUACCCGCUUAACACAAAAAUGGAGCGCCAGAUGGUGUUAACCGGGUUGACGCGCGGAUCACCGGGUAUCCCGGGCCCGUGCUUCCCGGAGGACUUCGACCGGAAGAUCGAUAUGGGGUGCGUAGUGUUGGACGGAGAAGGGGAUGGGAUAUUUGUCGCAGAGGUGUUGAGGACGUGUAUCCGGGGUAUGUUAGAGCCAGAUGCGAGGAAGCGGUGGCGGUUCCCGGAGAUUAGGGGAAGGUUGGAGUGGAUUCUCAGUUGUGUAAGGGAAUGAUAGAAUGAGAGAGAAUGUAGGGGUCGGGGUGGUUGGUCGAGAAGUGGCCGAGUUAGGUUAGGUUGGGUUGGGUUGGGUUGGUUGAUUGUUUGUCUAUUAGCGUUGUGA